AUGAAAACUUUGUAUAAGAAGCUGAAGCAGUUCUGUACUGCGGUGGUCAACUUUCAGUUUACAACGAACAAUCAAAUGGAAGAUUACCUUGCAAAAGGUGGUUACGGGAAGGUGUAUCUAAGGAAGUUGUCUGACGGCAGGGAUGUUAUUGUUAAAGUGAACUGCUGUAAAGGGAAAGUAGCGGUCACUUACCACGAGGCAGCCAUUCUAGCUUAUCUGAAUGGGCGUGGCGGAGCACCCAAGCUCAUCAGUACAACUUUCCGCAAAGGACUGCUUGUAAUGGAAUACAUAAAGGGCAUUACAGUCGAGAAGCUCAUUAAAUGUAACGAGAUGAAUGGCUCUCAAUGGCUGUCUGUCCUCUGUGCCAUCGCAAAACGUAUCCAAGAGAUUCACCAGGCUGGCAUCAUCCACAGUGAUUUCAAGCCCGAUAACUGCCUGAUCACGUUCGACGAGGAAGGUAAUCCUGACGCUCACAUCAUAGACUUCGGCCUUUCGACGAAAAUCGGGCAGAGGUCGACCCUAAGUCGGGGUCAUGAAGAGACCUGGUAG